AUGGAAACAGAUCUUCUACAAUGGAAUGAGAAACUGACUCGGAUGAAUGAAGAGUUACUGAAACUACCGAACAUCAAAGUGAAACAAAGUUCAACACCAUUGAUAACAAAGAUCAAUGUUCAGACAUUCUAUGGUCAGGGUAUGUCAAAUAUCCCAAAUAUCAGUGUAAAUGUAAACUGGGUGCAGAAUGGUGUCAUAGUAGCUGGCGGUCAUGCGCAAGGUAAUGGACUUAAUCAAUUAAACUACCCAUAUGGUAUAUGUAUUGAUUCUCAGGAGACAAUGUAUGUGGCUGAUUUUGGUAAUCAUCGUAUUGUGGAAUGGAAGAAAGGUGCGACGAGUGGUCAAGUAGUUGCUGGUGGCAAUAGACAAGGCAGUCGAGAUGAUCAGUUGAAGAAUCCAAUUUGUGUUGUCGUCGAUGAUGAGACUAAUUCGUUGAUUAUAAGUGAUUGA